GCUGUUUGGCUAGAUUCUGCAGAAGGCCGGUCUUUCUUUCACUAGCGGCGGUCAACUGGCGUUGUGCGUGAUUGUUUUGUUUUCAUCGCCCCAGUAUAUGUAGCUACUGUCAUCAAAUACGGUGAUUGUGUUUGAGCCCGAUUCAAUCCGUGGUAAAACGAGAGCGGUCCUCUCCGUCACACGAAGGCGGUAUUCGGAGCCACAGCACAGCGGCGGCGCAUCAGCUAUGGCGACGAUCGUGGGAGUGCACGGAUUUAAUGUUGAAGAUGAUGCGCAGGUUCUGCGGGACGCAUUACAAUCUCUGGACACGGAUUUGAGGGACGAUGGGGUAAAUACAUUGAUCCGUCUGGGGACCGAAAGAUCGUGGUCGCAGCGGGACGGGAUUGUUGCGUAUAUCAAGGAUACCCAUGAGGAAUGGGUGCCGGAGAUGAUCAAGGAAAAGGUGCACGAUAAAUGUUUACGCAGCGGUUUGCUGGCUCUUUUCGAGCCGGCCCCUUGGCGCGACGCCGUAUGGUUGCACGAUGCCAUGGCCGGACUCGGCACCGACGAGAAGAAACUGGUCGAAAUCAUCUGCACUCGCACAUCACCACAGCUGGCCGCUGUGUCUGCCGUCUAUGAAGCUCUGUACGGCAAAGAGCUACAAGCUGACGUUGCGGGCGAGACAGGUGGAUGGUUCAGGACCCUUUUGGUGAAGCUGAUAACGAGCACACGCAGUACGGAGCCAGCUGAUGAGGAUCGGGCCCAUCAACUUGCGCAAGAUAUUUAUGAUGCUGGUCCUGGCAAGUGGGGCACAGAUGAGAACACUUUCAUCGACAUUCUCACGCAGGAGAGUGCAGACAUGAUCAAGGCAGUCUUUGAGGCAUAUACAUCCAAGUUCGAGGGCAAUAUAUUCGAAGCAAUCGAAUCAGAAUUCUCUGGGAAGAUAAAGGAAAACCUAGUCUAUCUGUGCAGGACACUGUUGUCGAUCCCUCAGGUGUUCGCGGAUGAGAUUGAGGGUGAUGUGCAAGGUUUGGGCACCGAUGAGUCAGGACUGGUUCGUCAUCUUAUCGCACGCGCCGAUAUGGAUCUGGUGGACAUCAAGGAGUUGUACAAGGAGAAGCAUAAGAAAUCGCUUUCCGAGCGAGUUAAGGAGGACUGCAGUGGUGACUUCCUGAAACUACUCCUCGCUGUCAUCAAGGACCCGGAGGUAGAAGCGUCCGAUUAAUGGAUUGGUCGAAAUCCAGAAGCUGUGAUCUUGUUAACAUCUCAGCGACACUGCGAGAGCUGUGCAGAAACACAAAAGCAUGGUGCUGAACUUGUCAACUUGUCACGAACCCUGGAUCGGCAAUCACCCUCUCUCAGAACAGUUGUUGCUGCCUAAUAGCGUCUAAUCUCUCUUUUCCUUUUGUCUAUCUAUCUAUCUCCUUUAGUAUAUCUAUCCAUCCAUCCAUCCAAUGUGUGUGUGUGUGUGUUUGUGUGUGUGUGUGUGUGUGUGUGUGUGUGUGUGUGUGUGUGUGUGUGUGUGGGUGAGAGAGAGAGAGAGAGAGAGAGGGAAACGGUUCAAACAGGAAGCUGAUGAGCGAGAAAACAACUAUGUAGAUGUAUCUGUGCCUUGGUGAUUAAUGGAGAGACUGCGAAUGUCGUUGGUAAAAUAAUAGCAUGCAUGUCUUAUGUAGAUGACCAGGUUAAGUAGUGGUGGUGGUGCUGCUUGUUGUCCGAGCGGGAAUGUGUGGAUUGCUGUGUCCGUGGUGUCGUGUUGUGUGUGUGCGGUGUGAGUUCAAAGACGCUACAGCCCUGCAAUGGGGGUGGCCUGGAUAUCAGGACCGGUAUGGAUCCAGUUUCUAUAACUCGUCCGUCCAAGGGUUAUAGUGGUUAGGAGACUUCGUUCUUGAGGCUGAGGGUGCCGGUUCGAGGCCGUGCGUGCAUGGCAGGGCUUGAUGCCCUAAAAUACACGUUCAGUAACUACUUGCGUAGAUGUAUCUGUGCCUUGUUUGGUGAUUAAUGGAGGGAGUAUGGAUGUCGUCGGUAAUAUAAUUGCAUGCCUUGUGAAGCCUCUGUUUGUUUGUUUGUUUGUUUGUUUGUUUGUUUGUUUGUUUGUUUGUUUGUUUUUUUUUUGUGAACCCUACCAGUGUUAGUGUUGCUGAUAAGAGCAGACACCACUAACACAGCCAAAGCAGGCCGCCAGAUACAUGUGAAGAUAAAGACUGCCUCUUCAGCCAAAGCAGGCCGCCAGAUACAACUAUUAGACCUAGCAGAAAAUAUCUCCUGGGAAAAAUCUAACGAACAGACCGACAGUGGAGACUGUGUGGCAUCAGACUGCUAGAAGCCUCAGAGGUCCAAUAAAUAUUGCAUUCAUAC